CAUUCCUCUAAAUAGCAAAUUAAAUCAAUUGCAAAAUGGCUAAGUCACUUGCCCUUUUUCUUGUAUUCAAUGUUCUUUUUUUCACUAUGGUUAGUGCAUGCUACACUUGCCCUGGCCCAAUUAAACCAAAUCCAAAGCCAACACCAACACCAAGUCCAUCUCCUAAUUCUCAAACCAAAUGCCCAAAAGAUGCCUUAAAAUUAGGUAUUUGUGCUAAUGUGCUUAAUGGUUUAUUAAAUGUAACACUUGGAACUCCACCUGUAAAACCAUGUUGUAGUCUUAUUGGAAAUCUUGUGGAUUUGGAAGCUGCUGUUUGUCUUUGCACUGCACUUAAGGCUAAUAUUUUGGGGAUUAACCUUAAUAUCCCUAUUUCACUAAGCUUACUUCUUAAUGUUUGUAGCAAGGAGGCUCCAAAGGGAUUUAUUUGUCCCUAAAUGACUUUUAAUUAGUUGAGUUUGCUUCUACAUUUUUCAUUUGUUCCCACAUUGCCCAUGGGGUUAAUUAAUUUAUUUUCGAUUUUUCGUUGUUGGAAUUAAAUAGCGCGGCUUGCGCUAUUAGUGUUUGUACGUCUCGUUGAAUUAAUAUUUUUCUAAUUAGUGUGACCUUAUUAUAGUUCUCAUGGGGAUUUUUUUCCCUCGUUGCUUAUGAUA